CACCCAACUGGCUUAUUCUAUUGGCUAUUGCAAAAAAUACAGUAGUGGAGGCAUGUACAGGAACGUACGGUGACUUGGUGAUGGAGACACUGGAAACCGAGAAGAAAUUGAGACUUUUUCUUUUUUACAGAGAGAGAGAGGAGAAGAUAUAGAAUGGUCAAAACAUUACCCUUGGCUCCCGUCAAUGGUGGAUAAACCUCUUUUUAAACAAUCUCUUUCUCUGUCAAAAAGGCUCUCUGGAUUCUCACUCUUUCUCUCUCCGUGUGGGCAAAGGUCUCUCUUUUUCUUGCUGGGUCGUUGAAGGGUUCUUUGAAGGAGUUUUGAGCUUCUUUUGUCCGAAGAAAGCUGAAUUUUGUUAAAUAUUGUUAUUUGCUUUCUGGGUUUUCUUCCAAUCUUGGUGGAGAGAGAAAUGACAUUGCUAGUUUGCUACCUCUGAGGUGAAGCAUGGGUAGCGUGCAUGGAUCGCACAUCUGUCAGAAGCAACGUUCGCAUGUGCCAAAGUUUGGCAAUUGGGAAAGUGAAGAGAAUGUUCCUUACACAGCUUACUUUGAAAAGGCUCGAAAGGGUCGAGGUGGGAAGAUGAUAAAUCCAAAUGAUCCUGAAGAGAAUCCUGAUUUAAGCUCUGAUGAUGCAGCUCCAGCUCAAACGCCUCCUUCUGGAGGCAGAGUCAUGGAGGAACCAACAGGGCAGGGGGCUGUUAGACAAGCACAUGAGCGUCGAAGGAGCAAGGAAGAUGGUGAAUUCAGACAGUUUACUGAGUCUCCAGCACGCCAUGACAACAUGAAUAUGGUAGUUGGCAGUGAGCCUUCCCCAUCGCGUUAUGGUGGCCGUGGAGUAAGCUACGGUGAAGCCCACAGACAAACUGGAAGACCAAGUGCAAAAAGCGUGGGGUCUGAAAACAGCAUGGAGCGGUCCCCACUCCAUCACAAGGCCAGGAUCUCAGGGAGAGGUAGUGGGGCUCCAUCUCCUGCCUGGGAAGGAAAAGGUUCAUCUGAAAGUAGCUAUGGUACUCCUGGAAGAUCCCGAUUGAAACCAAAAGGCAGUGAAAGUCCUGAUAAGGGUGCUGCUGUUCCAAAAUUUGGUGAAUGGGACGAGAACAACCCUGCAUCUGCUGAUGGCUAUACUCACAUUUUCAACAAAGUGAGGGAGGAGAGGCAAAUCGAGGCAGGUAAAGUCCCUGGCACGCCAACCAGGUCAUCUAUAAGCAAUGCUCGGAAACCAACCCCCAACAACAGCUCCAAGAGUUGCUGCUUUCCAUGGGGCCGAAAGUGAUGUCUUUGAGUAAUAUUUGUGGACUACGAGUUGUGUGGAACUUGUAAAUACUUUGAAGGCUCUAUUCAUGCAGAGUAACUCCUUUGAGUAUAUUCCUUCUAUAUAAAUGCUUGGCUGUUUAUGAUGAUAAACAAUGUAUUUCUGGAAACAUGUUCUUGUUCUUGUUCUUGUUCUUGUUCUUUUCGGUCUUAUUGUUUUCACUUUAAGAUUUGUCACUUGCAGUAGCUUUCACAGCUAUAUUUGUCUGGCAAGGAUCAGAUACAAAUUCUUUAAUUCUAAUCUAGAUGUAAUGUUUUCUUUGUUGUC